CUUUUAGUUGACAGUGCAGAUCACUAAUCGUCCGACACCCCUCCGAUCACCUAAAACAAAUGCAAGUGUUUACCAAAAACAAUUGUCACAUUCCUAACCUCACACAUAUAAGUCUAGUACGGAUUGAUAUAUAAUAGAAUGAGUAGACGUUUUACUUCUAGCCUAUUCACCAAUGAUGAGCGUUCUGCUUCUCGAGUUCUCAUCCUGGUUGGUGUCAUCUUUCAUUUGUUAUGCCUGGCGUCUAUAUUCGAUAUAUACUUUACAUCACCACUCACACACGGCAUGCAGCCUGUAGAAAUAUCAACAGGACCUCCAGCCAAGCGCUUAGUACUAUUUGUCGGAGAUGGUUUGCGAGCCGAUAAGGCCUUCAGCAGAGACAAGAACGGAGUACCUUUAGCUCCCUUUUUGGUCGGCAAAGCCAAUUCGUAUGGAAGAUGGGGAGUAUCACGUACACGAGUGCCAACUGAAUCACGCCCAGGUCACGUGGCAAUGAUCGCGGGCUUCUACGAGGAUGUGUCGGCCGUGACGAAAGGGUGGAAGGAAAAUCCGGUGGAAUUUGACAGCGUAUUUAAUCAAAGUCGGUACACCUUUGGCUGGGGAAGUCCUGAUAUUGUGCCCAUGUUUACAUACGGACCGGGUCUGGACGAUGGUCACGUUGCCGCGCAUACCUAUCCAGCUGACUUAGAAGAGUUUGGUGGUGAGGAGGAUGCCUCUAAGCUAGACACAUGGGUGUUUGAUCGCGUGCGCGAGACUAUGGAGCGCGCGGCUGUGGAUCCUCAAGUGGCCGAACAGAUGUAUUCAGAUAAAGUUGUUCUGUUCAUGCAUUUGCUGGGUAUUGACACCAACGGACACACCCACAGACCGUCCUCGAAAGAAUAUCUGGAUAACAUAAAGUUGGUCGACAAGGGUAUAGAGAGGAUCACAGAAGAGAUCGAGGAGUUCUACGGACACGACGGACAGACAGCAUAUGUCUUUACUGCGGAUCACGGGAUGAGCAACAGAGGGUCACACGGCGGAGGCCAUCCAGACGAAACAGAAACUCCCAUUGUGUGCUGGGGUGCGGGCGUGGCCAAUCUCGAGAGUAGCGCUGCUAACGAGAUGGUGUUCGAUAACCUCCUCAGCGCUUCCCGCCGAAUCGACAUUGAACAAGCGGAUGUCGCCCCAUUGAUGGCUUCCCUGAUCAACGUGCCUUUCCCAAUGAACUCAGUUGGGAAGCUGCCAAUCGAGUACCUGAAUGUGACCCAGGAACACAAGGCGAGGUCUCUGUACGCCAACUCGCUACAGAUGCUGCGGGUGGUAGAAACUGCCGCCGCUAACAGAGAAUAUACGUCACUGUACUUUCAGCCAUUCCAUGAGUAUGAGUACAAUUCAGACGAUAGCCUAGGCAUGUCGGUGCCCAUCAGCGCAAUGGACGAAUACACAACACGCAUUGAACAGCUCAUCGCAACAAGUCAGUAUGAACUGGCGCUGCUAACAACCGACCGCUUCAUCAACACACUCCGGAGUGCGUACAGAUACUUCCAGACCUAUGACCGGCCAUUCCUGCAGAGCUUGAUUGUCGUCUCGUACUUUGGAUGGCUGUGCCUGGUGUGCAUGUUCAUAGUGUACCACUACACUCCCGUGUGCCUCAGUCGGCGGACUCAGAAAACAAAGCAGAAGGGCACUGUAACGUACACCAUGAUCAACUACACAGAGUCCAUUGAGGCCCGGGUGCAAACUAUCGAGCGCUACUGCACCGUGCUCAUGGUCAUUGCGGCCGGCCUGGUGCUGUAUCAACACCUCCCGUACCACUUUAUCCUGUAUUCGGUUCUGCCCUUCAAGUUCUGGAGUCUUGUCAUCGCGCACUACGACAUCCUGGUGGAUAUGCGAGACUUCAUGGUGCUGCAGAAAAUGUGGUCCAAGACCUUGGUGGUAGGGGUGGCUGUGCUCAUAGGCCUGGAGGGUUUGGUGGCGGUGUUCUUCUACCGGUGGAUGCUGUCGCCUAUGCUCAUAGUCGCCGGCGUAGUGUGGCCGUACUACGUCUCUGCCGAUCCCACUCCAAGACAGAAGUCUCUGUUGCUUGCCUGGGCCACGAUCUGUGCCGUGAAUGCAAUCUUCCCUCUGCUUCCCGUCGAGAAGCACAGCGAGCCCUACAUCAUACUCGCGAUGGGUGGUGUGCUGGUGGUGGGUAUUGCCGCAUGGGCGAAAUACACCACCCGCGCGGAUAUGACAGCCAAAGCCCGCACUACCUUAUACGCACAGGCUGCCUUUCUGCUUGUGUCUCUGGGCAUACUUGUGCACUCCUCGCACCAUCUCAACAACAAGCUGAAGGUGCCCCUACUCAACCGGGCGUGGACCUGGGGUACUAUCCCGUACGCGCUUCUCGUGCCUCUCAGCGUACGAAACGAACGGUGCAUGGCAACGAAGAUCGUCACGGUAUGCGCGGGUUUUGCCGCCCCAUUCUUCAUGCUGAGUAUAAGCUAUGAGACCGCCUUCUACGCGUGCAUGUGCAUCACCAUGUUGCUGUGGCUGUCUAUAGAGGAGACAAGCGCUAGUGCUGACUCAGAUUCUAGUAGCGCUGCAUCACACACCGGCAUGAGUGAACCGGAUACCAAAUCCGGGUCCAAGUCGAGCGUGCACCGCAAUAGAUCGGGACAAGACGAACAGUUUGUCAGCCUUGGGGACCUCCAUGUGGCCUUUUUUUACUUGUACUUCCUACUGUACGCGUUCUUUGGCAUGGGCAACAUUGCCAGUAUCAGUUCGUUCGAUCCGUCCUCGUGCUACCGGUUUAUGACGCUCUUCUCCCCGUUUGUGAUGGGAGCGCUGAUGAUUGGCAAGGUGCUCAUACCGGAGGUGAUGGUAUCGUGCACGCUACGAGGGGUGUCUGCUGCGCGGAGAGUGCCUUCGACAGCCCUGUUUCUGAUAGUCGUUGCCAUGUCUGAUGUGAUGUCGAUCAACUUCUUCUUCCUGGUCAAGGACGAGGGCAGUUGGCUGGAAAUAGGCACCAGUAUCAGUCACUUUGUAAUCAACAGCGCAGUGAUCAUCUUCCUUCCGCUGUUCAAUCUGAUUGGAUAUAUCUACACAAGCGAUCCCAAGGAGUCCCAUUGCUUACACAAAAAGACGGCGCUCGACUAA